AUAAUACUCAUAAACCCAAAAAUACAUUUUUCCUUUCCCGAAAUUCUUUUUUUUGUUAAUAUUAUUAUCAUGACAAGACGAAAUUUACUCAAAAGGCUACGAACCAAAGCCAUGUGAUGACUACAUCAGUACCACGUGUCAAGAUCUAAGGACUUAACGAGUUACGAGUGUGUCGUGGGCCAUCGACCAUGGAAAAGCAACGAGUCUUUAGGUGAAUGUUUUACUUGCUAUAACCGGUAACAACGGGUCUGGUAAUACCGGUAGCUCCGGUGGUUGGUUGAGUUAUAUGGCUAUGGGGGUUUAAGCAAGAAAGACGUGGUCGUGUUCUUCUUAUAAGGGUUUUUGUUUAUAAUUUGGUAAUCGAAAAAGAGAGAUUUGAUAAAAUCCUUUGUGUUGAAGGAAAAAAAAAUCAUAUAGGUAACGUUUGAUACAAGUAAAAAAAAAAAAUUUCCAUCACUUUCUUGGGUAAAAAAAACAUGGGUUAGAGGAAAAACUGGGGAAAAGAUUUUAGAUUAAGUGCGUAAAGAAUUCUGAUUCCUUCGUCUCCGAUCUCUCAUUUUUCUGGAGAAAUUGUCAAAAAUUUCAGAUAUCUAUAUUGUCUUGGAACUGAAGAUUCAUCGAAAGAUUGGUGAGUUUUAUUCGCUGCUUAUCGCUUGUGGCAAUCACAUCAUCUGUGUUAUGCAUCCAAGUAAUGGUGUCACAUAAAGUCUUAGAAUUUGGAGAUGAUGGUUACAAAUUACCUGCUCAAGCUCGAGCUCCGAGAUCACUCCGGAAGAAGCGCAUUUACGAAAAGAAGAUACCAGGAGAUGAUAAGAUGUGCGCGAUUGACUUAUUGGCCACCGUAGCUGGAAGCUUGCUUCUCGAGAGCAAAAGUCCGGUAAACGCGUGUCUAGUUGUACAAAAUACUGUAAAGAAUGAAUACCCGGCUGAUGAAAACCCCGUAAAGGCGGUUCCUUAUUCGGAAUCCCCGAGCCUAUUUGACAAUGGCAAGUGUGGAUUUAGCUCUGUGAUAACAAAUCCUAAUCACUUGUUGGUAGGUGACAAAGUAGGAAAGGAGGUGGAGGGUUUUAGUAGUUUGGGUGUGAGUGGUGAUGUAAAGCCUGAUGUUGUAGCUAGUAUAGGUAGUAACAGUAGUACCGAGGUGGGAGCAUGUGGGAACGGUAGUCCCAACGAGUCUCGGGAUGAUGUAAAUUUGUUUAGUAGAAAUGAUGAUGAUGAAAACUUUUCGGGUUACAUUCGAACUCGUAUGACUAGGCCUGUGCCUCGUAUUGGAGACAGAAGAAUUAGGAAGAUAUUGGCAUCUAGACAUUGGAAAGGAGGUUCGAAGAACAACACAGAUGCAAAGCCAUGGUAUUGCUCAAAGAGGAGUUAUUACUUGCACCAUCAUCAGAGGAGUUAUCCCAUCAAGAAAAGGAAAUACUUUGACAGUGUUUACGACUCGAACUCUGAUGAUUACCGUUUGCAAGGAAAGACUCAUAAAGGAAGCAGAACAAUAUCUUCCAUGAAAAGUCGAAAUGCGUCCUUUGUGUCAAGGGAUCAUCAUGUGAAGCUGCGGAUCAAGUCUUUUAGGGUGCCUGAGCUUUUCGUAGAGAUUCCAGAAACUGCUACUGUUGGCUCCUUGAAGCGGAUGGUGAUGGAAGCAGUGACCACCAUACUGGGUGAUGGACUUCGAGUCGGGCUGAUGGUUCAAGGAAAGAAAGUCCGAGAUGAUGGCAAAACUCUUCUUCAGACUGGGAUCUCUGAGGAGAACAACCACUUGGAUUCUCUUGGUUUCAGCCUUGAACCUAGCUUAGAGACCACCCCUCAACCACUGUUAUCCAGUUAUCUGUCAGAUCAUGCCUGUGAUGAUGUGACGUUAUGCCACGACAAUGCGUUGGAUUCUAGUCAUGAGCCAGAACCAUCCCCAGCUGACUCAUUUGGGAAACUAGGCACAAGUGAUCAUUCUAGAGCUUUGAUUCCUGUUGCCUCAGCAGCAAUGCUGGCUCCUCGGCCUCCUAACCGUAAGUUUAAAAGGACUGAGCAGCAGCUAGCUGCACAACGCAGAAUUCGUCGACCUUUCUCAGUUACUGAAGUAGAAGCACUGGUCCAAGCCGUUGAGAAACUCGGAACCGGAAGGUGGAGAGAUGUGAAGGUUCGUGCUUUCGAGGACGCAGACCAUCGUACCUAUGUUGAUCUCAAGGAUAAGUGGAAGACGCUGGUCCACACGGCAAGGAUAUCUCCACAACAGCGGAGAGGAGAGCCGGUGCCACAGGAACUUCUGGACCGUGUUUUGAAGGCACACGCUUACUGGUCACAACACCUAAUGCAUCAACUGCAGACUGAGCCACCAUCCACUCAGGUAGAGGCUCUCUAAUCUGAACAGGUUCUUGGUCUAAAGAACCUUUGUGUAUUAUUAUGAUGAUCCAUAUUGUAAGAUUCUGACAUAGUUGAAGAUCUGGUCUCAGUUCUUCUUUGUUUUUUUUUUUCUUUCUUUCAAAUGUAAAGUUUUAUAAUUGGAAAUAAGGUUGGGUUUUUUCUAACAAUGUAAAGGAUUUGUUGUAAAUCUUUGGUGACAUUUUUAUUCUGUCUAUAUGAUUUAUGGCUCGGCCUAUCAUAUCACAACGACAACGAACUGAUAUAUAUAUACCUCAUCCAAACUCUAGGAGUG